AUGUACCUGGCACUCGUGCCUAGUGUCGAAAACGAAUGGUUCAAGGCCAAGGCCUUAGAUUCGGUCACCUCAGCCUUGUCGUCACGGAAUAUCCCCCGCCGUGUCGAAGGGUUCUGCAAUGAAGCGAAUAUUUACCUGGUAGGUAUUUUCCUGUUUUCAUUCAAGGAUCAAGGCUUUGAUCCUGGUGAUCAGGCUGCCUCAGGCCGUCAGUCACAAGACAUUCCUGUGAUACUACCGACUACCAGAGGACCUUGGAGAGAUCGGAUUACUCAGGUUCUCUUGGUGACGGCACUCCAUACAUGUGGAGAUAUGGGUACAGAGAUGAUUCCUCUCGACAGGAGUCCUCCUCGAACUGUUCAAUCUCUGAUUCUUCAGAUCCGGAUACCCAGCACGCUUUAUCGUCAGCUGGCCUCCCAAGCCAACCCGGACCCACAAGACACAAACAAGGUAACUUGCGAAGAUCCAUCGGGCAGCGGAUCUUACACAAUCGAUCGCGAUGAUGCAAAGGACUUUAUCGAUCUCGUCUCAUACGAGCCACGCCAUUGCUGCGCUUACAAUCCGGACGGAACUGAAGACCCGGACUACGGCUGGCUACAAGCAGACGGGACGUGCGGUCAUAACAAGGCUUCUGUACGGAUCCAAACAUAUGAGAAGGGCUACUUUUGUAUGACUGGCGAAGAAGCUGCUAAGCACGCAAGAGGCAUGCUCUAUUGCAGUGAUGGGAAUAAGAGAGAAUACUUUUACGGCUAUGGUCGGCCUGAAUCAAGCGCCGGGAAGCAAUGGGUCAGCUAA